GAGUAGCGAGUAGCUUCUUCGCUGAUCUUCCCGCUGACCAGCAGCAGCGAGACCUAGGGUCGACACCAACGGAGCAAGAGCGAACAACACCCGGCGGUAUAAAAACGUUGUAAGAAGAUGGAGCAUCUUUUAGUUCUCAUUUGAAUUUUCACCUGACCGCUAUAAUCACUGCCACGUUCUCGGGGAUCGGUUUACGACGACGGAUCGUUAUCCGAGUGUGUUUUUCUUUUUCUUUCGACGCGAGUGAAAUUGAUGAACUGUGUAUGUGUGUGGGCUGAGUGCUAAACCUCUGACAAGGGCGCGAAAAGUCUAAUCGGCAAGGACUCGAGGAAGUGCGUGUGUUAGUUUUCAAGGAGCACGACAUCAAGUAUUGCAGUUGAUUACAUAAGGAUAGCAAGGCAGUGCCGGCUGAGAGGGCGUGAAAAAUGAAUUUCCCCUUUCUGGCAAUUGUAUCGCUGCUAGCGGUCUGUCGGGCAGAUAUUCCAUUACUGGAACUUGGACUAGACUCGGAAGCUCAGCAGUUCAAAAAUGUACUCGAACCAAGCGAAUCGGAAAACGUUUUCAGUGGAUAUUCGAACGAUAAACCAAUAGUGCCAUUCCCCGAGCCAACUAACGAAUGUGUAGGAGGACCAGAUGUUUGUGGCUACAAAUAUACGACCCAGUCCUGCCCUUGGGAAGUGCGAACGGAAUACAGAACAUCCACGCAAAUUGAAACCAAAGUGAAAACGGAAGUAUCAACCAGGGUCCAGACGGAAACCGUAACGCAGACUGUUCCGACCACCAUAACGGAAACUACCACGAAGGUCACGAGAUUGUGUAACGAGUAUUUGCCACCGGUUGAGCCUGUUACAACUACAGUUCGGCCAAACCCCCUUACAACAACGGUUACUCUACCUCCUACGACAACGACGAUCACUUCACGUGGACCUCCACUUUCCACAACUCGUACUAUAACUCCUACUACUACCGUAGUAAUCAGUCAAACACCUUUUGUAACGAACACUCGCACUGUAACUCCUACAAUUACCAGCGUCUUCACUGCCCAGAGCACUUCGGUGACCAGGACCAUCACACCCACUUCCACCUUCCUGAGCUAUUUGCCUUCCGUGUCCAUUACUCGUACAAUAACACCAACUUACACCAGUUUAGUCUACUUGGAUUCCGUAACCCAAACGCGAACAGUUACUCCUACGUCAACGUACCUUGAAUAUCUGCCUUCUGUAACAGUGAAUCGUACGGUCAUUCCUACAUCGACCAGUCUGUUCUACCUUCCAUCGGUAACCGUGAACAGGACUGUCACUCCAACCAGUACGAAUGUUUUCUACGAGGUAGCAGCUACCAUCAACCGAACCGUGACACCAACUUCCACUAACGUGUUCUACGCCGCAUCAGUAACCGUCAACCGCACAGUGACGCCAACCUCGACCCGGCUCUCGUAUCUGGACUCGGUGACCAUAGAUCGAACCGUUACGCCCACGUCUACCAGACUGAUCACGUUGGACUCGACCAAUACGCAGACUCGUACGCUAACGCCAACCUUCGUCGUGCAGGAGACAGCUGAUACGCGAACCGUUACGAGGACCAUCACUCCAUCGUUCGUUGUACAAACGUCCGUCCCUACGUCCACGAUCACUAGAACAUUCACCCCGACCAAUGUGAUCACAACAACCGCUGCAACCACCAGCACUGUUGUCCGUACCGUGACUCCACGAGCAACUAGCACAACGACUAUCACGGCAGGCGUCUCAACAGUCACCGUUCGGGACACUAAGACCAUUACCACCACACCGGUGUUGACGUCAACUCCCACCAUCUACUCUACCGUGACACUCCCUGCCGUUACGCAAACCAUCUGCAAGCCCGUCAACACGUAUCUACCGGACGCGGGAACUCCAACCGUUACCCGUACGCGCACCGAAACCGUUACCGAACGUUUGACGGAAACCGUCAUCGCGUGUACGCCCACGAACGCAUAUCUUCCAGUUCAGCAAACGGCCACCGUGAAGCGAUCCUCCCUGAACCGAGACGUCGUUCCACCGGAAGCGGAACGAUUCAACUUUGUCUAAUAUGAAAACCUCGUAACGAUGUCGUAUGAACAAGGAAUAAUACUCCGUCCUCUGUCGUAGAAAUGAGAUAUGCCAGAAGCGUAGCUUCUCUUUGCCUCCUUCCGCAAGCUGGUGCUCUAUCGAUCCAGAUUUCCCUAACUUUUUAAAACGAGAGAAACAAACAAAUACUCAACAUUUCUCUGUUGAUACAAAGUUCAACGCUGUGUUUUAGCAAUUGUUAGCAAUAGAUGUAUUUUCAUUUUAGUGUAAAUAAUAACGACGAAAGCUGCCCGACGAAAAGAGCUGUUUGUUGAAGUGUUGUAACUCUUCGGAAAGGUUUCGUCAGAAUAGUGUGAGCAGAUUGCUUCAGCGGUACGAAACCAAUGCACUGUGUAACGAAAUAAAAAAAAAUCGAAACUAGCUGUACAGUAACCCAAAAUGUGUUCAAAAUGAUGGCACGCGAAAUAAAGACUUCAUGGUUGUGUUUUUGAAUCCAUUAGUAAA